AUGAAUUCGAUGUCUCUCCAUCAUAUUGAUGUUACUGUGAAGAAAGGGCUUGGCUCGACGGCAUGGCGUCUCACUGGUUUUUAUGGGUGGCCGGAGGUUCAUAAUCGUCAUUUGUCAUGGAAAUUAUUAAAUGAUCUCUAUACUGGGGGGAUUAGGGAGUGGGUUUGUUUGGGUGAUUUUAAUGAGAUUUUGGCAGAUUCGGAGAAGAAAGGGGGUCGGGAUAGGGCUCUAUGGCAAAUGCAACAUUUUCGUGAAGUGGUGGAUUUAUGUAAUUUGCAAGAUAUUCCUUUUACGGGGUAUGAAUUUACUUUCGACAAUGGUCAAUUUGGUGAUGAUAAUGUGCAAUGUCGAUUGGAUAGGGCUCUUGCUUUACAAGAAUGGUUAGAUGUUUUUCCUAAUGCCAAGCUUGUUCAUUUGGAGAGAGAGUGGUCGGACCACGCUCCUAUCAAACUUUUGUUGGGGUUGGAUGGUCAGUCGAAUGCUAAGGGGAAGAGGUUGUUUCGGUUUGAACAUAUAUGGACCGAAAGUGAAAAGUGUGAGGAGGUGGUGGAACAAGGGUGGCUGUAUGGGGGUGACUCGGUUGGGAAUAAAUUGGGGCUGUGUGCUGAAUUACUAUCUUCAUGGAGUGACAAGGAGUAUGAGCAAAUUUUCAGAGAGAUCUGUAGGAAGAGAAAGUGGCUGAGUGCUUUAAAUCGGGGCAGCAGGUCUGAAGCUCGUGUGAAGGAGAGGCGUAAGGUGGUGAAAGACAUUGCGGAGCUGCUGCAUUUCGAGGAGAUGUACUGGAGGCAGCGCCCUAGAGCGCUUUGGUUCGAAGAUCAUGAAGGGGUAAGCAAUGUUGCUGUGAGCUAUUUUAAGAAUCUUUUUACCUCGUCAAAUCCGGUCAAUUACGAGGAUGCAUUAGAUGGGAUUGAGAGGAGAGUUUCAGUCAGGAUGAAUGAUACUCUUUUGGCAGAUUUUUCGGCGGAUGAGGUGUUUAUUGCUCUUAAACAAAUGCAUCCAUUGAAGGCUCCGGGUCCUGAUGGUCCUGCUGUGACUAAUUUGGUUAUUGGGGUGUUAAAGGGUAAUGCUAUUCCCGAUACUAUUAAUAAAACCUUUAUUGUUGUGGUGUAUAAGUUGAUUACUAAGGUGCUUGCUAAUCGGCUGAAAUCUUUUCUGUCGGAUAUUACCUCAAUUAAUCAAAGUGCCUUCACUACGGGUAGAUUGAUUACUGAUAAUAUUUUGGUGGCUUUUGAGGUUUUUCACCAUAUGAAAAAUUCGAUGAGUGAUAGUGGUCAUCUUGCUUUGACAUUGGAUAUGGCGAAGGCUUAUGAUAGAGUGGAGUGGGGUUUUCUGAGAGUGGUGAUGAGUAGGUUUGGUUUUGCAGAUGUAUGGGUUGAUCGGGCAUUAUCCGGAUUACUUCGAAGAGCUGUGGAACAAGGUAGUCUUCAUGGUAUCAAGAUUGCGACAACGACCCCUCCUAUCUCUCAUUUGUUGUUUGCGGAUGACAAUAUUAUUUUCUCUAGAGCUAAUGUUGAUGAGGUUGAGAAGAUAAAAAAUGUGUUGAAGGUGUAUGAAGAGGCGUCGGGUCAAAUGGUUAAUCUUGGGAAAACGACGGUGUCUUUUAGCAAAGGGGUGCCGGAGGAUCGGAAGGGUGCUUUAGCGGAUGCCCUUGGUGUUAAUGUAGUUGAUAUUCACGAUAAAUAUCUUGGUUUACCCACAGUUAUUGGGAGAUCGAAGAGAGUCCUUACUAAGGGGAUUCGUGAGAAAUUAUGUAAGAGACUACAAGGGUGGAAGGGGGGAAUUUUAUCUAAAGCGGGUCGGGAGGUCUUGAUAAAGGCAGUGGCCCAAUCUAUCCCGACCUACGCGAUGAGUGUGUUUAAAUUCCCCUCCUCGUUUUGUGAUGAAUUGCGUUCUUUGGUGGCUAAUUUUUGGUGGGGACAACGAAAUGGGGAGCGAAAGAUUCAUUGGAUAGCUUGGAAGAGGCUCUGUGAACCGAAGGCGGCGGGUGGCUUGGGAUUUCGUGACUUCAAAUUGUUUAAUGAGGCUCUCUUAGGUAAGCAAGCUUGGCGCCUUAUUCAGUUUCCGGACAGCUUGGUGGCAAAGGUUUUAAAGGCUAAAUAUUACCCAAAUGGUGAUUUCAUGUCGUCAGAGCUUGGUGCUACACCAAGUUACUCUUGGCGUGGGAUUUGGGGGUCUAAAUGGGUAAUUAAUCGUGGAGCUAGGUGGAGAGUUGGUGACGGGCUGGACAUUUUGGUGUGGAAAAGUCCCUGGAUUCCGGGUACAAGCUCUAGGAAAGUAGUAUCACCUCGGGGUGAAGCUUCGGAGGAUAUGCGGGUUUGUGAUUUGUUGCAACUUGCGGCGGCUCAAUGGAAUGUCCCUUUAAUUGACAAGCUAUUUCUCCCUUUUGAGAGAGAUAGAAUUUUGAGCAUUCCGGUGAGUUUCCGUCUCCCUCGUGAUAGAAUGUGUUGGGAUCUUGAAAGAGAUGGGGUGUACUCGGUGAGGUCCGCGUAUCGAGCUAUUUUUGGUGAUGUUGGGGUGGAGGGGGUUGCUUCUUCUUCAAGUCCAACUUCAAUUUGGAAGAAGGUAUGGCACGCUUCUACUCUCCCUAGAGUUAAAAUUUUCUUUUGGAGGGCUUGUCUUGGGGCAUUACCAACAGCUAAGGGGUUGCAUCGGAGAGUGCCUAGAAUUUCUCCUUUAUGCUCGAUUUGUGGCGUGGAGGAGGAGACUGAAAUGCAUUGCUUGAGGGACUGUUUUAUUGCGAGGUCGAUUUGGGAGAAGUGCGAACUUGAUUGGAGAGGUGGUGGAGCUGCUCAAAGCUUUGGUGAGGUGGCUUUGUCACGUUUGGAUGGGCUGCCAAGUAAGGAGCAUGGAUGGUUUAUAACCAUCUGUUGGGUAGUGUGGACAGCAAGGAAUAGGUGGGCGUUUGAAAGGGAAGCUUGCAAUGCGAAGGGGUCGAUAGAAUAUGUCACAAAGCUCAUGAAGGAUUUGCAGGGGGAGGAAGCUGUUUCGGUGAGGGGUGGAAAAGCAUCAAAGCAAUGA